CCAAGCUGGAACAACUCCUUUGGGUUUUUAUUCACUUGAUAAUGUCUCUGUACCGAAAUGGCAUCUGGUUUUUGAAUGGACUCCACCAAUAUACAAGGAGAGGAUAUGAGGCAGCGGUUAAAAACUUUGAGCCCCAAGACCUGGAAGUGUCCGUGGUGGGAAGGUCUUUCAUGAUCACCGGAGCCAACAGUGGAAUUGGCAGGGCAACAGCUAUGGCUAUAGCCAAGAAAGGUGGGACGGUUCAUAUGGUGUGCAGGAACAAAGGUAAAGCAGAGGAGGCCAGGUCGGACAUCGUCAGUGAGUCUGGCAACACGGUGAUACACGUCCACAUUGUGGACAUGUCAGAGACGCACAACGUCUGGGAGUUUGCGGAGGCCUUCAAGAGUCAGUAUCCAGCGUUGAAUGUGUUGAUAAAUAACGCAGGGUGCAUGGUGCACGCGAGAGAGGUGACUGCUGAGGGCCUGGAGAAGAACUUUGCCACCAACACUAUGGGGGUGUACAUCCUCACGCAGACUCUCAUACCACUUCUACAGAAGAGCCGGGAUCCCAGGGUGAUCACUGUGUCCUCAGGAGGCAUGCUGGUCCAGAAACUCAGAGUCGCUGACUUGCAGUCAGAGACGGGCUACGUGGACGGCAUCACGGUUUACGCCCAGAAUAAGAGACAGCAGGUGGUGCUGACACAACAGUGGGCCAAAGCUAAGCCAGUCAUUCACUUUUCUGCGAUGCAUCCAGGCUGGGUAGAUACUCCAGCUGUUUCUACAGCGAUGCCCCAGUUCCACCAGAUGAUGGGGGAGCGGCUGCGCAGUGUGGAGCAAGGAGCCGACACUGUUGUGUGGUUGGCCGUGUCCAGAGCUGCUGCCAGGACACGCAGCGGGCACUUCUUUCAAGAUCGUACGCUUGUUCCAGCCCACCUGCCUCUGGCCUGGACUCACAGUUCUGCUGAAGAAAUUCAGGAUUUCAUGACUCAGCUGGAGACUUUGGCCAGAUCUUUCACUCAAAACCUGAUGUAGCGCUUAACGGCACUUCCAGACCUCAAUUUGUCUGAAUGUCCUGAUACAAAUGUUACGCCACAUGUAACUGACACA